AUGGUCCGCACCCUGCUUCUGCUGAGCCUCCUCCUUUCAUGGAUGCCAGCCUGUGCCGCCAGACCCUCUCAUGCCCACCUGGCACUGGGCAACUCUGAAGACCAGAGAGCGGAGGCCCUCAAGAGACUCUUGCAAGUCUUUGGCAUCACGGACCCUCCCCAGUCUCUUCACGGCAUCAAGCAGCCCCCACAGUACAUGGUGGAUCUCUAUAACACGGUGGCCGGGGCCGACGGGGUCACUAAAGACCCUGACAUCUUGGAAGGAAACACAGUGCGCAGCUUUUUGGAUAAAUUUCACAGCGGCCAGAUGCACUUCCUGUUUAUCCUGUCCAGCGUAGCCAAGAAUGAGCGUGUGCUGACAGCCGAACUACACCUGUUCAAGUUGCGGGCCAGGAUGGGUGACGGGCCCCUCAGGAGGCAUCACUUCUGCCAGGUUAGUGUGUACCAAAUCCUGGACCAGCACAACCUGGAUUCCCCAGACGGAAAGAAACUGCUCUCUGCCAGAUUACUCGCAGUGCAGGGAUCCGGUUGGGAGGUCUUCAGCAUCACGCAAGCGGUUCGCGAUUGGACAGAAGAGGAAAGUAGUAACCAGGGCUUGCUGGUGACGGUGCGGGGCCUUGGCGGGGCAGUGCUGGACCCCAGUGCUGUGCAAUUUGCUUCUGGACGAGAUCACCAUGAGAGCAAGAAACCAAUGCUGGUUUUGUUUACUGAUGACGGGAGGCGAGGAGCAGCACUACCCACCAACACCUUCUCAGAUAUGGCCCUGGAGAAUCCAUAUCUUCCAGAGGAGAUCAGAAUCCCCCAGAUCAACAGAACUCGGCCCCCUCGCUCAGCAGGCGAGCAACAGCUACCUUGCCAGAUACACCCCCUUUCAGUAGACUUCGAGGAAAUCGGGUGGUCCGGCUGGAUCAUCUCUCCCCGCGGUUACAAUGCCUUCCACUGCAGAGGUUCCUGCCCCUUCCCGCUGGGGGAGAACAUGCGGCCCACCAACCACGCCACUGUGCAGUCCAUCAUUAACGCGCUGAAGCUGAGCCAAGACGUCAGUGGACCCUGCUGUGUGCCGGAUAAGCUCUUCUCCAUCAAUCUGCUCUAUUUCGAUGAUGAUGAAAAUGUGGUCUUGAAGCAAUAUGAUGACAUGGUGGCUGGGAGUUGUGGGUGUCAUUGA